AUGAUUGAUAAUGGUAGCUCAAGAAUUCCUAUGUAUGCUGAAGCUGAUAUAGAAGAAAUAAGAUCAGAUAUUAGAAACGAUAUCAAUGAUUUUGAAAAAUCCGUAAGUCCUAUUUGUGGCUAUGUCGAAGAACCUUUGCUGCCAUUAGUUGAAGCAUGUGCUCCAUUAAACGACAUCCUUCAUGAUUUAUCAAAGUAUGUUGAAAUGGCAUUAAAAGAAACUCCAGAAAAACCACCUGAUAAUUUAACAAUCGACGAAAGCGCUGCUAUUCGACUCUAUACAAUUGAAUGGGAAAAACCACAUCGAAGUCUCUAUUCAAUGCUCAAUUAUACUUUGAAGACAGGUACUCAAGAAGAUGUUCGACCUUACUUCAAAUAUCUCAGACUAUUUAUAACUGGUCUGGUUAAACUACCAUGCCUUCCACCAUUGACUGUCUGGCGAGGAGUAACUAAAAAUUUAAGUGCAGAAUUUCCACCUGGUACUUUAGUGACAUGGUGGUCAUUUUCAUCAUGUACUACAUCACUGACCGUACUCGAAAACAAUAUGUACUUGGGCACUUCAGGUGACCGAACGCUCUUUUCCGUUGAAGUCAUCAAUGGUCGAUCAAUAAAUGCUCAUUCACAUUUCGUCACCGAAGAUGAAGUUCUUCUUUUACCUGGUACUCAUAUGGUAGUUCAAUCACAAGUGAGUCCAGCACCCGAGCUUUACAUUAUUCAUUUGAAACAAUUAAUACCAGAAGAAGUAUUACUCGAACCACCAUUCGAAGGUAUUGCAAAUGUUUUUGAUUAUUUGUUUUACAUUGAAAAAUAUUUUUAUGUUUAG